CAGGGAGCUGUAUCUAAUCACCACACUGCUCCUAAUGCAAUCUUUUUCGAGGGGGGAAUGCGAGGUUCAAUUCUCCACUGUGUGGCGGACGACCCGCUCACAUGGUGCGCCCCCGUGACGUCACACCGGCCCUAGACAGAGAACGCUUGCAUGCGCGCACAUGUGCACACAGGCACAGUCCCAUUCUGACAUGCGCGGGCACGUGGAUAUACACACUCGGAGCAGAGCGCGCUCGCCUUCGGUAGUAGAAGCAGCUCUACGCUAGCGAAUGAAAGCAAAGCGGACACCUACCGUCUCGAGAAGCGGCGUGAGGCUCAGGCGGCUCGGACCCUCUAGAACCCUCUAGAACCGUGCUGGGACCCUCUAGAACCAUGCUGGACUGACCGCGGAGAGUCGACUACGAUCAAUGGCUUGGCUUUGAAAUCGUUAACAAUUUAUCGGAAAGGAGGCUGAGACGGAGCGAGAGUGAGGGAGAGAGGGAGAGUGGGAGAGAGAGAGAGAGAGAGGGAGAGAGUGAGUGGUGUGAGGAGUGGGGCUAAAGAUUCUUUUAGCGAUGGAACUUACAAUGGAAAACAUUGGAAACCUGCACGGCGUGCCUCACGCUCACCAGACGAGCGACUUAAUGAACUCGCCGCACGCGCGCCAGUCGUCGUCGCACCGGAACCUGGUGUCGCACGGGCGCUCCGCCAUGGUGUCCAGCAUGGCCUCGAUACUGGAGGGCGCGGGGGACUACCGCACGGACCACUCUCUGUCCGGGCCCCUGCACCCCGCCAUGACCAUGUCCUGCGAUUCGGGGAUGAGUCUGAGCAGCACCUACACCACCCUCACGCCGCUGCAGCACCUGCCGCCCAUCUCUACCGUGUCGGAUAAGUUCCACCAUCAUCCCCAUCCACACGCUCACCACCACCCGCACCAGCGGCUCUCGGCGGGCAACGUGAGCGGCAGCUUCACGCUGAUGAGGGACGACCGGAGCCUCGCCUCCAUGAGCAACCUCUACGGCCACUACCAGAAAGACAUGUCCGGCAUGGGCCAGUCGCUGUCGCCGCUCUCCAACGGCCUCGGCUCGUUGCACAACUCCCAGCAGUCGCUCGGCGCCUACGGGCCGACGGCGCACCUCUCCAACGACAAGAUGCUCUCGUCGGGGGGCUUCGAGUCCCACGCGGCCAUGUUGUCCCGGAACGAGGAGCACCUGGCCCGGGGUCUGGGGGGCCACGGAGCAGGGCUCAUGACGUCGCUGAACGGCAUGCACCACCACAGUCAUCAGCACUCCCAGGCGAACGGCUCCAUGCUGUCGGUGGAGCGGGACCGGCAGACGGUGGGAGGCGGGCAGGGGGGCGCUGGGUCGGGCCAGGUGGAGGAGAUAAACACCAAGGAGGUGGCGCAGAGAAUCACCGCCGAGCUCAAGCGAUACAGCAUACCCCAGGCCAUCUUUGCCCAGAGGAUCUUGUGUCGGUCCCAGGGAACGCUGUCCGACCUGCUACGAAACCCUAAACCCUGGAGUAAGCUCAAGUCGGGCCGGGAGACCUUCCGGAGGAUGUGGAAGUGGCUGCAGGAGCCCGAGUUCCAGCGGAUGUCCGCGCUGAGGCUAGCAGCCUGCAAGCGCAAGGAGCAGGAGCAGCACAAGGACCGCAACAUGGCGCCCAAGAAGCAGCGGCUGGUGUUCACCGACCUGCAGCGGCGCACGCUCAUCGCCAUCUUCAAGGAGAACAAGCGUCCGUCCAAGGAGAUGCAGAUCACCAUCUCCCAGCAGCUGGGCCUGGAGCUGAACACCGUCAGCAACUUCUUCAUGAACGCCCGCCGCCGCUGCGUGGACCGUUGGCACGACGACCACGGCGGCAGCCCCGGGCAGCCCGGCACCUCGGCCCCCACCUUCUCCAAGGCCUGAGGGCCGG